ACUUUUUUAACUAGUUGCAAUAUAGGUUUUUUCCAAAUUCGUAGUUAAUUAGAAUUGUCCUUUUCGUCAUGUACUAUGCAAUUUAAAUAACAAAUAAAAUUUAUCGUGAAUACAAACCUAAUAAAGCAACAAUUCUUCAUAAUUUGCAAAACUUAAUCAUUUUAUCGCAACCUAAAAAAGUGCUUAAAUAAAAAUCUGCGAGGUCGUCUAAUUAUUUUUUUUUUUAUUGAUUAAAGGUUUUCUUAAGAAACUGCGAGUUAAAGAUAAUUGUUUUUGAUAAUAGAAAUAAAAAAUUGCAAAAUGAAUCGCUUACGUACACAAAAGUUCAAACCAAAUCCUGAUGUCAACAUAAGCGACACCGCUUGUAACAGCUCCUCAAGCAACAGUCUCCUAACCAAACUCACAAAACGCUACUCGACAAUCAGCAAUAAGAUUACGCGAAGGUCUCACUCUGGUCGCAAAAGUCAGUCGCCACAAAAGAUGAUAUCGGGUAGUUACGACAUGACCGGUACACAUUCUGAUGAUCAUCGCUUGGAAAUCGGUGCCCCUGUAUUGAUAUCCACAACAACACUAGACACAGAUCGCUUGGAUGUUACAGAGGCGCGACUACGACAGAUUAAUGGCGGCAUUGCUGCCACUAGCACAAUGAUACGUUGCAAACCUGCGCAAUCAUCGCCACCAAUACCAUCAUCCGGUAGUGAGAAUGAAAUGUAUUUAGAUGCUUUAAGUACACCGCCGCGUAAUAAUUCCCUUCCAUGCGAUGAGGAAGAUGAUAAAUUUGUUUUGGCACCAACAACACCGAAGCAGGCAAGCCCGGAACGUGAAAUAAAACCAUUAAAUACACCUGUAGUAGAAAAUAAAACUAUUGAAAUCGUUGACACAGCUCCUGUCGAGUCAAAGCCUAACUAUAUCGAAACGAAUUGUUCUAUACGCUCCGAGCCUAAACUUAAUAGAAGGCAGCAUUCAAAAUCUGUGCAGAAUUUACAUAGAUCGGAAAUUAAGGUGUAUUUACAAAAGUCACCAUCCAUUGAAUUGAAUAGAAGCUUAACAACUGCAGAUUUAGAUCACUGCCGUGAUUUACCCAAAAUACCAGAACUUUAUGGUGCCAGUAAGUGCAGUUUAGCGCCCACCGAGAAUGAAGACAAAGAUUAUAAUAAAGAAAACUCCGCUCCUUCACGUAUGAUUAAUUUGCAUAAUUCAAAUGUAUCUAAUGAUUCACUGUGCCCGGAAAAAAAAGUAGGUGGAUUUCUGGCACAACAAUUGCAAUUCAAAAGUGUUGACUCUUUGGAUAUCAAUCGGAAUGGUAAACGGCAAAGUGUGAUAUUUGCUAGUAGUAUUUCGAUCAAUGAUCGUGGUUCAAAAAAUAGUGUCAUGAGCCAGGAAAGUGCCUUAGAAGAUUUCGAUCUCAAAUCUGUAAGUUGUCAGAGCUUAAAUGCACAAAGUUUAUUUGUGUCCAUUGAUGAAUUGAACGAAAUUACGCGUCAACUCAAUGAAUGGGAAGACUUUAACCAAGAAAUUGAUUUGGAAUAUUGUCAACAUCGCGAUAAUCUCAAGCCAAGUGAGAGACGAAUUACAUUACUGAAAAAUAAAAAUACACGUUUGAUUAACUUCAAUAACAACAAGGAGAAGAUAAAGAAGGGAUGGAAUGGUGUAAAACAUUGGCUUGAAGAAGAGAGUACUAAAAUUAAAGAAGCAAUGAACAGGCAAACACCCAUGCAUAGAGCGGGGGCUUCUCGUUUAAAUCUUAAUAGUUCAGACCCACAGUCCACACCUUCUGUUAUUGGCAGUGUGGCAUUAGAAAAUAGAAGUGAUAGACGUAGUAUGUCACGGGAAAAAACAUUAGCCGAUAGUGAUACUAUCAUGACAUCAACAUGUACGCUGUCAAAACCCGAAACACACUGUAGCCCUGUACAUGAGCUGCGUCUAAGUUGUGAUAAUAUGACUGAGGAUGAAAUGGACGAAUUAGAAUCGUCAUAUACACAUAGACCAGGUGAUGACUCAUCACCAGAAAGUAAGCGCAUCAAACGGGAGGGCCAAAAUGGAUUCGAAGAAUUACGACGCUACAUUAAACAAGGAGGUGACUUCGGCAAGGAACUUAUACUCAUCCUACAAGAAAGAGUCGAAGCUGAAACUUUAUAUUCUAAAUCUCUAUCAAAAAUGGCUAACAAAUUGAACAAGGCUUGCCGCGAACUUCCUGGCAGUAUUGCUGAUGCUUGGCGUGGUGUUGCUACAGAAAUGGAAAGUCGCAGCGAUAUACAUCGUCAGUUAUCAACUUCACUUACAGAUGAAAUAGUUAAACCACUGAAAACAAUAGUCGAUACUCAUCAUAAAGCAAGAAAAUCUGUGGAGACCAAUGUCGAUAAGGCAGCGCGAGUAUUAGCCGAAUGGCGUGUCAGUGAAGCUAAGAGCAAAAAAUCUUCACAUGCUGCUGCUAGAGAAAAUGAAAAACUACAGGACGCUAUGUUGGAUGUCCGAAUACAAAAAUCUCCAUCCAUUGCCAUACUCCAUCAAGGUGCGAACAAAGUAGCAGCGGAGAAAGAAAUCAAAUCAGCUGAAAAGGAUUGCGCCAAAUUGGAUAACAAACGCAAAAAAGCUGAGGAAGCUGUUAAACGUGCCGAUGUCGAAUAUUACACACUAUGCGUACGUGCUGAGCGUGCACGUGUUGACUGGGAAAUGUCUGUUCUGCGAGGUGCUUCGCUGCUACAAAAUGUUGAAAAUCAGCGACUUGUGAAUAUGAAAAACUUUGUCUCAAAUUAUACUCGUCUAACAUCGAUGAUGAAUCCAAUAAUAGAUAGCGUAGUGCAGCGUCUACAGCCACAAGUUGAUGCCUGUAAUGUAUUGAAGGACAUGCAAGUUGUUAAGAAUAUAAGACGUAAUUCAGAGGGUCCAAGUGAACAGUUGUUACCCGACUUUUAUUGCGAACACACAACUUUGGCAAUGAAUCGUGAGAGGCGAAAACAUGCUCUAAUCAAAUUACUGCAAUUAGUAAAAGCUGAUUUGGAACGCGAACGACGUUCACGUAAUGGAUUGAAGGGUCUCUCGCAAUCAUUGAAUAACCAAGAGAAUCAAAAUAUUACCGAUAAAUUGUAUCAUAUUCGUUCAAUGCUAACAUAUUUGGAGGGCUCCCGUUUUAAACUACAUUCAGCUUUGCUAGAACUGGAUCAUAAGCCACGUACAACGCAUCCUCUUGCGCAACAUAUACAAAUAACACGUGAUCGUACAGGACUACAACAGAGUAUACUGAAAGUACCACUUUGGUUGAAGAACAAUGACAAACUGAAUAAUUCGAAUGUUGAUGAUUCAUUGCGCGACAAUGAAUAUGAUUGCAUCUCACAAGCGAAUACAUCCUCAAAUGUUAGCUGCACUGAUUUAAAUAAGGAUAUGCUGUUAAAGAAAUUUAGUCGUAGUAAGAGCAACAUUGAAACGUUUAGCAUUAACACACAGAUUUGUCUACAAAAUCCAUUAGAAAAAUCGAAAACACUACAAACAAAUAUCGACGAUCCAUACAGUGAUCGUGGACAAGCGGACGGUGGCUCCAAUCAACAGGAUUCAGAUUUUGAUGAGUUCAGUUCACAAGAUGAAGAUGAUGAAAUGACCAAUUCAGGUGGUCGCAAAGAACAUAAAGUGAUAAUUGAGAAAAGUACGAUGCUUGCAAAUGGCAUAAGUAAUGGUGGCAUCACCAGCAUUGACCAUCACUAUCAGAAUUCUGCAGAAAUAAGCGCGGAGUGCACACAGAUUGCUGCCAAUAAUAAUAUCAAUAUGAAUGCAAAUGAAAUCUCUAGUUCUACAGUAGUAGUUUUAAGUAGAUGUAAGGCUUUAUACAGCUAUACACCAAAAUUAUAUGACGAACUGGAACUAAAUCCUGGCGAUAUUAUAGAAGUCCACGCCAAACAAGAGGAUGGUUGGUGGUUGGGCGCAUUGCGUAAUCAAAUUGGUAUUUUCCCCGCUACUUACGUGGAGGAGUUCGCUUGAAUAAAUUAAAUCGGUCAGUGUUGGCUAAUGACAACAUUGCUUACAGUGGAACAAAUUUAUUAUUUUCAAUGUAAAAUUAAGUGCAGUGGGUUUUCAUUUAAUCUCAUAUAUAUUUAGUGAGGCAAACUGAUAUUUAAAAUUUUAUUUAAUAUAUUUUAUUGCUAAAGCUAGUUUGUCCGCAUUAACGAAAAUUGUCUUCCCAACAACUGCCAAAAGAAUUGCUUUAACAUUACUUGUUACUUGUUACAGCAAAACAAAAUAUUUUAAAUAUUAAUUUUAGAUAUUUUUGAAUUAAAAUUCAAAUAAAUUCCCUGAAUUGCCCAAUAAGUACAACAUAUUUUGAUUAUUAUGUGUACUUAGAACUCUGCACUUGUGCUGUACUUUUGGGUUCUCAUACGACCGUCUCGAUAUGUGGGCGUAAAAGUACAGGAUAUCAGUGCAAUGUUCAUUUUCGCAAUAUUCUACAAGUCUAAGUGUGCAACGCACCAGUAAUUAUAAAAAUGAAUAAUGAAAAUAUCUAAACUAAUUUAUAUUUAUGUAGUCUAAGCAAUAUAAUAUAAACCUCAUGUCCCACAUAUAAGCGAUUUCAGUUUGUAGCAUAUUUUAAGCAUUGAGUAGUUAUAGAAAACGAUUUAAUUGAUAAUUAAUAUUCACUAAAUCCUGUAAAAUGCAAUUAUA